AUGGCUGAAAAUAGGCAAGGAUCGUUGCCUACAGAUCCGACCUUCGAUCACAUAAUGAAUGAACAUUCAAAUGAUCACUUCAAACUAUUUCAAAAAUACGGGAAAGAAAUAAUUACAACGUAUCGUAUAAUUGAUGAAAUUAUUAAAAUAUUAGAAAGAGAAAAUAUUUACGUAUGGCCAAGAUUUAUGGGACAUGGAGAAGAUAAUAAGCAAUGCAACAAACUUUUUGAAAUCAUGCUUGUAAUGGGCGAAAGCCUAAAGCUUGAGCCCAUCCAAGUGUUUAAUGGCACUACCUUGGUGAUGAAAGAUGAAAGUGAACUCAUGGAGACGGAUGAAUAUACUUGUAUGUUUGAGGAUAAUUAUAGAUAUUUAUCUCAAUUUUUGGUUAAAAGUAAUAAUCAAGAAGAAUCGACUACAGACAAUCAAACUGUCAAAAAUGAUGAAGGUCGUUAUCUAUCUGCAUCAGCCCUUGCAAAAAAUUUUAUGGAAAAGAUUGAAGUAUUACAAAAUUUUGCUGAUAAUGAUUCUUCGCUGAAGGAAUAUUUUAGUUCAGAAUUGAAAGACUUGUUGCAAAAAUUAGCAACCAAUCUUAAAAAUUAUCACAACUCAAACAUAUUGAAUGAUGCGACACCCAAUCAACAACGAUAUUCAACUAAGGAGGAUGAUAAUAUGGUAGAUUCCAUAAACAUCUUCAAAAUCUGGCAUGGAAGUUCGCACUUUAUAACUGAGAUAGAGAAUUUUGCAACUAAGUACGUCAUUCCACAUGAUCGACUGAAAGAAGCCAGACAAAACACUCAGAGCAUUAUAGGAGACAUUGUUAAACAACUAAAAAAAAAUAAAAUUUUCGUAACUUCGGAAUUUUUCGGACAAGAUUUAGAUUUGAAUUUCACUUUCAGAGUAAAUUAUGACAUAAAGUUGGAUAUCAUGCUGGUCUGGGACGUGGGAGAAAUUAUUGAGAUUGAUUCAGCACAAAACUUUUUUUCUUUUCCGUGUAAACCAUUGAACGCUGUGGCAAGAAAUUUAAUUACAACCUUUGAAACCUACACCAACUGUUCGUACUGCAAAGUCAAUCGCAACCAUUGCUGCUUCAACUAA